CUGAAGGGACGUCUGUCAAACCUGUCUAGUGAUGUUUUUCUACUCCCCAUCGACACCUUUUCUAUGAAUGGAAGGGUAACAAAUCUGUGGUCGUGACUCCUGUCUGACGUCACGAGGAGUUAAAGGAGGGAACCGCAGUCACGACGCAUUCCUUCACGAGACGCGCGGACACACCCCAUCGCGCACGGCCUCUUUAUAACGGUCCUGAGUCCAGCAGAAACAGUCAACAGAGCUGGAAGGCAGAGAUUGAAGCUGUAGCAAAAGGACUUUGAGAACUUUAAGAUAUGGAAAUGUAUCAAGCUGGAUUUUACACAGAAGACUUCAGAACUCAGGAGGUUCCUGGUGGAUUUGACUUCAGCUCAUAUGACUGCAGUGGUGAAGACCUGUCCUUUUUAUUAGACAGCAAAGGACCUGGCCAACAGCAGUAUCCAGAAACAUUUUCAGAGUCCCAGAAGGAGCAUUUGCACAGUUCUAAAGAUCAUACUCUUGCAGUCAACUCCACUGACUCUGGACUCUUUAAUCUGGAUUCCUUUCCUGAGUUUAGCUGUUGGGCAUCCUAUACUAACAUUCCAGAAGGAAUGGUAGCAGACAGGCAGCAGGUUGCCUUUCAGGAGACAAAUCAAACCUACCAGAACCUUGUUCCUCUAUGCACUCCAGCACAAAGCAGUCCAUUCAGCCCAGGGAUGGACACCAGCAGCCAUUACCAACCUGGGAAAGGUCCAAAUCACAGAGGAGCAUCCGGUACCGUCAGUCUGGACCAUCUGGGUGAUACUGAGAGAACAUAUGUCUUGUAUGAGGCAGAGCAGCAGAACAGACCUUCAUAUUGGUCUGAUUAUCCCUCACCCAGUUACUGCACUUCCAUGCUUGGACAGCCAGCAUCAUCUUCAUCACCUCCACUUACGAAAUCCUCUGAGCAGUUCUGUCCCCGUGUGGCCAAAAGGCGUAAUGCACCAUCUCAAAGAUCAGACAGAGAGGGGGAAAUGACACCCAUGUCUGCCUAUCCAGGAUCCGGACCCAUCCAGCUUUGGCAGUUUCUUCUAGAACUUCUGCUAGAUUCUGCUUGCCACACGUUUAUUAGCUGGACUGGAGAUGGCUGGGAGUUUAAAAUGUCAGAUCCUGCAGAGGUGGCAAAGCGGUGGGGCCAGUGUAAGAACAAGCCAAAGAUGAACUAUGAGAAGUUGAGUCGUGGCCUGCGCUACUACUACCACAAAAACAUAAUUCACAAAACGGCGGGAAAGCGUUACGUCUACCGCUUUGUUUGUGACGUCCAAGGAAUGCUUGGAAAAACAGCACACGAGGUUUUUACAAGUCUAAACAUCUCACCAUCAAAUGGCGCAUCUCCACAAUCUGUAGUAAACACAGCCAGAUCAGAGGAAACCACAGACUCCUGGGCAAAUUAGAGAAGAAUGUUUUCAAAUGCCCCUAAUUAUCUGAAUGAACUGUAAAACAUCAGAAGUCAUUCCCUGGAAAUAUUAAGGACAGAGAAAAGACUGAAGUUCUAUUCAAAUAUAUGUACUUUAAACUGAUUUUGACUUCUGAAUAAGUUGAAUUUCAACAAUGGAGCUGAAAUCGGCCAUCAAAUGCAGUUAAGGUGCCUUUAGAAAACAUUGUUAGCUACCUCUUUUGAUACUGAUACUUUUUUUUAAAUGUAAACUUAUGUUUUGACAUGUUUUGUGUAUAUGUUUUGUGCAUUCUUGUAAAUAAAUUAUGGAUACACCUUUUUACAAAA